AGGCUCAGUGCGCCAGACGAGAGCAGGUCGCAGAUUUCAGUUGUUGGUUGUCGUGGUUAGUCACAGGUUGGUUGUAAGAGUGACGUGUGAGUUCGGGAGUGAAAUGGUAACGAUGAAUUCGGUGGUAACCAGCACCAGUAUGAUGCAGGCUAGCAGUAUUUCUCCUACUCCUUCAGGACAUGGGGAGGCACCGUCUAGGAGGACCAACGAAAAUAGAAGGAGCAACAAGCCCAUUAUGGAAAAAAGGCGUAGAGCCAGAAUAAAUAACUGCCUGAAUGAACUGAAAACGCUUAUUUUGGAUGCCAUGAAAAAAGACCCUGCGAGGCACUCCAAGCUAGAAAAAGCCGACAUCCUGGAGAUGACAGUGAAGCACCUCCAAAACUUGCAGCGUCAGCAAAUAGCGAUGUCUGCAGCAGCAGAUCCCACAGUCCUCAACAAGUUCAGAGCCGGAUUCAGCGACUGCGCCACAGAAGUGGGCAGAUUCCCUGGUCUAGACCCCAUAGUCAAACGCAGACUCCUACAGCACCUCUCCAACUGCCUCAACCAAGGCUCCAAGCCCCAAGAAGUACCACAGGUGCAGGUUCACAUCCUUCCCAAUAGCCACAAAACCGAGCAACAGGUGCCUCAUACAGGAGGGAUAAUUUUGAGCAACGGGAAUGGUACCGGGGUGCAGCUAGUACCCACCAGGCUUCCCAAUGGGGACAUAGCUCUGGUACUACCCUCUUCCGGACAGCUUCAAGGGCAACCGCAGACAUCUCCUGUGCCGCUGCUGGUGCCUAUAGUACCGGAGCGAACGCCUUCUGUUGUUUCUGGUACUAGUGGUUCAUCAGGUUAUAGUCCUAGUCAUAGCCCCGAGCCUAUGGACACUAUGUACAGUGAGCCUAAGCCUCUGUCUUUGGUGGUGAGGAAGAAUGUGGAGGAAUCUGAUGAGAAGCCUUGGAGACCUUGGUGAGAACUGUGGAGGGGGGUUGUAUGUGAUUGUUUUGGUUUUUUUUUCGGAAAAAUUGUGAUAUCUACUUAGUAGUGGACAUCCCAGAGUUUGUUGAUGAUGAAAGUACCAGUAUUAAGAUUGUCAGUCAGUUGAACUUUCUUACGUUUGCCAUUGUUUUUCAAGCUUUCAAGUUUAGUUUGUACCUAGAGGUUAGUUUCAUAAGAGUCUAGAUGUCAAUAUAAUGAAGCAUGAUAUUGAUGUUUAAAAUAAAUCUAGAGAUUCCCGUUGUGAAAACGAAUGAAUGUGGAAACUAUCUACUAGUCAGAAGUGCCUUGAAAUCAAUUUUGAAAAUUUCAGAUUUCGCCUGUGUCCUCGCCAGGCUUCAUUAUAUUGGAUUUUGGAAAUCAGAAGAUAGAUUCUUUAAGUUAGUGGUAAAGAGAGGGAGAUUUUAUUUAUUGUAUAUUUUUGAGAAAUUGUAAAUAGAUUUGACGAUAAUAUAUAACUAUACAUAUAGAUAUCUUAGUGUAAUGUAUGUGCCUUAACAGCAAUAUCCAUUAUGUCUUCCAGAAAAGUUGGUAUCUGAUAUGUUAAAUGAUAUGUUCAAGAAAGUUUCCUAGUUGAAUAUAAACAUAUAUAUUUAAUUU